AAUCGGGACGAUUUUGGAUUGGCAGUAUCAAACCAGGAUUCCAAACAAAUAUAUAUGGAGCAAAAAAUUGCAGUGUCAUUAACCGGAAUUAUGGAUUACCUAUUGAAAUGAUAAAUUCAACACAGUGCUUGUAUGUAGACCUAUCAGGAACUGUUGAGUUUGCGGACUGUCAUCUGAAAUAUCCGUUUUUAUGUACUUCCGAUAAAACAAUUCAAGAUCAAGAAUAUUAUUCCACUGAUAUAACAGAAAUCAAUGUAGCUUCAAGUCUGGCAAUUCAUGAGGUGAUUUACAAUUUAACCAACGAGGAAUGUGGGACUUCAUGUAAAUCGUUGUUUAGCUGUGUGUAUAGUACUUAUGAGGAGAAUAACUGCACAAUCUGGAAAGAUAUGGCAUAUGAUGUAUAUGUUUCAUAUGAUUUGAGUAUAAGUUCCGGAUCAAUGACAAAUAAUUCAAUCUUUAUCAAGACUUCUAACAGAGUGCAUAUAAUACUUAUUGAGGAAGACACAGUAUACAACAAUACAUUCAAUUGUGUAUUUUCUUUUCCACUGCAGAACACAACAGAACAAUCAGCUAACCUGACGGUAUGUGAAUUUUGUCCUAAUGCUGAAAAAUGCAAUGCCACUAGUUUUGCAGCAAAUAUUACUUUAGAAGUUGCCCUCGAAGUUGCAGAAGACCUCAGAAAGAACUUGACAGUAGACAAGACAUCCUUAUCGUCAUACCGACGUCGGUUAGAAUGUGCAGAUGAUAGUAGACCGUCAUCAAAAGUAUUCGGUGGUUUUGCUUUAGGUGUAUUAGUAGGUCUUGUGGUGAUAGCUAUUGUUUUAGACUGUCCAACAUUGACACGUCAUUUACGUCUAUGUAAUGUCAGAAACAAGAAAUAUAAAGAUCUUGAACAAAGUUAAAAUUCGAAUUAAAUUGUUUCCAAUGUAAUAUAUAUGUUUAUUUCUACCAAGACGUUCGCAAAAUGCGACAUGAGUUUUAUGUCGAUUUCUAAGGACAAUUCUAUAAACGAUUUUGUUUCAAUUCGUGUGAGCUAAAUGUCAAUUAUUGCAUGUUCUUUUUAAAAACAGGUAUAAUAAUUCACGACACCAAGUUUUGGGCAAGGUUUUUGCUAGCACAUGGUCAUGGUCAUUUCAUUGCACUAAAAAAGUGUUCAAAUAAAAGCAUAUCACCUAUAAUGGUUUACUUUUAUAAAUUGUAACUUGGAUGGAGAGUUGUCUCAUUGGCACUCAUAACACAUCUUCCUAUAUCUAUCAAAUAAAAGCAUAUCAAGCUGUAUUUAUUAAGUAUGAAAUAUUGCUUUUUUAUUUCAUAUUCCAUUGAUGAACAAAUUAAGAUUUUUUCAUGAAUGUUUACUUAUCGGUUCAUGUUGGGUACAAUGCACGUCAAGGCAAAU